AUGCAAACUUCAACAAAAUUAAGCGAACAUUAUUCAUCAAAACCCAAUAUUACAUGUCAUAUUCAAUCAAUUACUCUUCCUAAACUCUUUCCAUGUCUUUUUUUAUGCGUUUGGCGUCACGGACACAAUAAAGGUAAAUCAAAAUUCUUCAAAGCUAGUACAACAAACGUACAAAUCGACGAAACCAUCGACUUAGAUAUAAAUCAACCAAAAAAGCAUCCAUUGCGCCUUUAUUUCUUUUUGAAAGCAAUGACAGGAGAAAUGAAUCGCUUAGUUGAAUUCAUCGUCAAUCUACCAGAAGUUUUAGAAAUCGGAGAUGGUAUGGAUACCACCUCCACAGCUACAUCAAAGUACGGCGAAUGCUCACUUUCCUUAAACUUAACUCUUAAAUACAUAAAUGACAUGGAAAUGAGUGUCAAAAACGAACUUGAAAAAACCUCCGUUGUCCAAGCUUUCACAGACUUUGAGUACCUCACAAGUAACUACAACCUUUUCCCCGAGAACUCAGACGAUGUCCGCAAAAUGUGGGGAGAUAAAGGCUUCAUUUCAUGUUCAGAAAUCAUUCAAUAUGGUCCAUUUGACAAAGAAGUUUAUGGGAACAUCAAGAAGCUCCAGAGAACAAUAGACAACUUCUCUAGCGAGUCAGAGAGAAUCUCAUCCAUCAUAUCUUUAGUAUUAUUAAAGAUAAUGGACCCAAAGCCAACAUUUAUUGAUGAAAAUGGAAAACAAUGUCAAUUGGCUCCCCCUUCAAAAUGUUUUCCUUCAAUUUUGAGGGAUAUUUGCGGUUUCAUUCAAAAUGCAGGCACAGAAAAAGAGAAAACAGUUCCAUCUAUUGAUAUAUUGAACACAUUGACGAAGUCAUUGAGUGAAUAUUGUUUUAGUCCAACAAUUCCUUUCGAAACAAUCAUUAGUUUGAUUUCUACAGCCUAUGGAGUUAUUUAUUUCAUUGAUAAGAAUCAAUACGUCGAAUUCGAGAAGGCCAAACCAUUAUUCAGCGAUCUAGGAAAGUCAGCGCUUAUCAAGUUGUUGAAUACUAUUCAAGAUGAUGUCAACAUUUGCAUCAAAAAUCCUUUGACAUUUUGUGACAAACUUUCAAGAGUUAGACAGAAUUUAAGCUGCUUAGGAAUCCCAGAAUCAACUCUUGAUAAGAUAGAUAACAUGAUGCUUGAAGUUUGUGACUUCUUCGUCACAAGAACAUGGAUAAUGAAUGAAGACAUGGGAAUUAAAUCCCUUCUUAAUUUCACAGGCGCGUGGCCUCAAUAUCAGUUCAUUUUAUUGAAUAGUUUGAUAGAUAUCACGCAGUUCUGCGGGGAUAUUGUUAACGGAGCCCUCCCAGUGACAAGCCUUCACAAGGGAUUCCAAGGACCAUGGUUGCUUGAGUCUUUGAGAAAAUUGGCUCCAUUGAAGAAGUUAAAUAUGGAAAAGAUUAGGUUAUUGCCAAUAGACAUGAAAGGAUAUGUUCCACAACCACCAGAUAUCGAACAAUGUGUAGAAUCAGUUCUUUCUGGAAAGCCAAUUCAAGUCAUUGUUCCAAAUUCUAUUUUAGGAACAAAACCCGAAGAUAAUUAG